AUGGCAAAGCCGAGAUUAAUUAUACUCAUUCGACAUGGCCAGUCGGAAGGAAACAAAAACCGCGAGAUCCACCAAACCGUCCCAGACCACCGGGUAAAGCUCACGCCCGAAGGCUGGUCCCAAGCCCACGAGGCCGGCCGCCGCCUGCGCAACCUCCUCCGCCCAGACGACACCCUCCAGGUAUUCACAUCGCCUUACCGACGCACGCGCGAAACCACAGAGGGCCUCCUCGCCACCUUGACGUCCGACGACCCGGAGCCCUCGCCGUUCCGCCUGUCCAACAUCAAGGUCUACGAGGAGCCUAGGCUGCGCGAGCAAGACUUUGGCAACUUCCAGCCAUGCAGCGCCGAGAUGGAGCGCAUGUGGCAGGAGCGCGCAGACUACGGACACUUCUUCUACCGCAUCCCCAACGGCGAGAGCGCCGCCGACGCCUACGACCGCGUGAGCGGCUUCAACGAGAGUCUAUGGCGCCAAUUCGGCGACGACGACUUUGCCAGCGUCUGUAUCUUAGUCACUCACGGCCUCAUGUCGCGCGUCUUUCUCAUGAAAUGGUACCACUUCACAGUCGAAUACUUUGAAGACCUCCGCAACGUUGACCACUGCGAGUUCCUCAUCAUGCGCAAGCAAGAAAACGGCAAAUUCCUCCUCGAAACCAAGCUCCGCACGUGGUCUGAACUCCGCCGAGAACGAGCCCUCGCCAACAGCAGCAGCAGCAGCAGUAUCAAGGAAAAGGAAAAGGACGACACCUCCAAGCUCGACCGCACACGCACCUUUGUCGUGACCCGGAAAUGGGGCGGCUGUCCCAACGGUUGCAACCACACUGACCACUAUAAGAGGCGUCACGACCUCGAGGCCCUGCGCCAGAAGGACAACGAGCUCAGCGGUCACGCCGCCGCCGCCUCCGCCGCCGCCAACGGAGGUAUGAUAUCCGCCCGUCGCCACCGGCACAAAUCCACCGUGAGCAUGGGCGACGGCGACGACGAGUACAGCGACCAGCACGUCCUGGGCGACGCGCCGCUCGAGAAGACACGCAGCCUGGACGAAGUCAUGUCUUCGCCAGACGGCACGCCGUCCUACAUCACGGCCGAGGACCGUCUGCGCAGCCUCAAGUCCCCCCCUUUACACCUCGGCCGCGACUUUGGCGGCACCUACUCGGGCCACGCAUCCCUCGCCGGCUCCGACUCGGACGUGUCGUCCGACCUGGGUCGCCGCUGCCGCCGCCGAAAGACGAGCCACAAUGGCGAGGAACAAGCUCCAAGGAGCAACGGCGACACCUCUCAUUGCAUGGGCGCGCAUGCCAAUCGGCUGGGAGACGCACCGCCCGCGGCGGGCUCCGAUAUGGAGGACCUGGAUGCCGCUGAGAAGGAGGACAGGAGCAUUCGUGGGAGCGUGUACUAG